AUGGCGGAUGCACCAACUCCAGAGCGUCCGGCUCCAACGAACGCUGCGGCAAAACCAAAGCUGUUUUUUCAGUUGUCCCGUGCCCAGCAGCGCAAGCACGGCAAGUCGGCGCCGGUGCUGCGGCAGCUCGAAGGCGACACGCUCUCGGACAAACUGGUCACGUAUCGCAAGACAAUUCGCUUCCACGUGAAAGCGGGCCAUGACGACGUCGUUCAGUUGGUGCAUGAUAUUCACAAGGGACUGCAGGACCCAAAUGCUCGCGAUGAGAAAGGAAGGAAUGCGCUGCACUUUGCCUGCCACGAGGGAGCGGAGAGCGCGGUGCUUGCACUGAUCAAGGAAGACUGCUCUGUGGACGAGCCGGACAUGGAAAUGCGCUGGACACCGAUGCACUACGCCGUCAUGGGCAAGUUCAAGCAUAUCGCGGCCAUCCUGCUCAAGUACGCCCCAACGCCGUACGUGACAAUUAACCGCCGUGAUAAAAUUGGCACGACUCCAUUGAUGCUGGCGGCUGGAGAAGGGUACCCUAGCAUCGUCCGACUGCUUUUGGACAAUGGUGCUGAUAUCGACGACCGAGACGUACGUGAGUUGCACAUGACGUUUAGUCUUGAGAACCACGCACUGAUCGAAUGGUUGCCCUUUGUUGAUGCAGAACGAAGGUAUGACGGCACUACAUUAUGGUACGUACGUGAUCCCAUGA